UCUGGUCCAAGAUGGCCAAGCUCACUCUGCUUACCGGUCUGGCCCUCCUGCUGAACGCCCAGAUAGGCACUGCCUAUGUGCUGUCAUGCUACUUCACCAACUGGGCCCAGUACAGGCCCGGCCUGGGAAGUUUCAUGCCAGACAACAUCGACCCAUGCCUGUGCACUCACCUGCUCUACGCCUUCGCUGGGAUGUCCAACAACAAGAUCACGACCAUUGAAUGGAACGAUGAGACCCUCUACAGAUCCUUCAACGGGCUGAAAAACCAGAAUAAAAACCUGAAGACUCUUCUUUCUAUUGGAGGAUGGAAUUUUGGAACAGACAAGUUCUCCACAAUGGUUUCCACUCCAGAGAACCGCCAGACCUUCAUCAAUUCCGUCAUCAAAUUCCUGCGCCAGUACCAAUUUGAUGGGCUGGACAUUGACUGGGAGUACCCUGGCUCCAGGGGCAGCCCGGCUCAGGACAAGGGGCUCUUCACUGUCCUGGUGAAGGAAAUGCUGGCCGCCUUUGAGCAGGAAGCCAGGCAGGUUAACAAGCCCCGUCUGAUGAUCACGGCUGCUGUUGCUGCAGGACUUUCCAACAUCCAGUCUGGCUACGAGAUCGCUGAGCUCGGCAAGUACCUGGACUACUUCAACGUGAUGACUUAUGAUUUCCACGGCUCCUGGGAUGCACAAACUGGGGAGAACAGCCCUCUCUACAAAGGCCCAGGUGACACUGAUGGCAAUAUCUAUUUCAAUGUUGAUUACGCUAUGAACUACUGGAAGAGCAAUGGUGCCCCAGCUGAGAAGUUAGUUGUUGGAUUCCCCACCUAUGGAAACACCUUCAGGCUGCAGAACCCAUCCAACAAUGGUCUUGGUGCACCAGCAUCGGGACCUGGGCCUGCUGGACCUUACACACAGGAGGCUGGGACACUGGCUUACUAUGAGAUCUGCACUCUGCUAAAUUCUGGAGCCACCCAAGUUUGGGAUGCCCCCCAGGAUGUGCCCUAUGCCUACAAGGGCAAUGAAUGGGUUGGCUACGACAACAUCAAGAGCUUCAACAUCAAGGCUGACUGGCUGAAGAAGAACAACUAUGCAGGUGCUAUGGUUUGGGCCAUUGAUCUGGAUGACUUCACUGGCACAUUCUGCAAGCAGGGCAAAUAUCCCCUGAUCACCACCCUGAAGAAUGCUCUUGGCCUGCAAAGCAGCAGCUGUGUGCCCCCAGCUCAACCCAAUCCUCUGGUGACUGCAGCUCCUGGUACUACAAGUGGAAGUGGAAGUGGAAGUGGGAGUGGGAGUGGAAGUGGAAGUGGCAGCGGGAGCUCGGGUGGCAAUACUGGUGGCACUGGUGGGAGUGGAUUCUGUGCUGGCAAGGCCAACGGCAUCUAUGCAGAUCCGACCAACAAGAGCAAGUUCUACACCUGCAACAACGGUGAAACCUACGAGCAGAGCUGCCAGGCCGGGCUGGUCUUUGAUCCCAGCUGCUCCUGCUGCAACUGGGCAUGAAGACUCCAGGUCGAUCACAGCAAACAGACCCCUCUCAUCCAGUUCUGUGGAAUAACAAUGAUUAAAUAAAGUGUUUUGCAAAAGGA